ACCUGCAGGUGAAGGUGACUCCUGCUGCAGAGGGACAGAAGACACUGACCUGUAGCACCACCUGUACUCUGACUGACAACCUCACCUACAUCUGGUACAAGAACGGACAACGUGUAGAUGAGCCUACUUCCCAACAACACUCCAGUAAUAUGCUGGUGGUCUGGGAUUCUACUGUGGACAUUUACUCCUGUGUUGUUGAAGGUCACGCGGCUCUCCACUCUCCUGUAGUCUGUGUUCAGGUGAAGGUGACUCCUGAACAGUUUUCAGAGUAUAAGACACUGACCUGUAUCACCACCUGUGUUCUGACUGGUAACCCCACCUACAUCUGGUACAGGAACGGACAGAUAGUAACUGACAACACUUCUCCCUAUUCAGUCCUCCCUGAUGCUGCAGACAGCUACUCCUGUGCUGUAAAAGGCCAUGAGGGUCUCCUCUCUCCUGCAGUGUGUGUUCAGGGUCAGAGAUGCUACAGAGUGACUUACCCCAAGAGGAGAAUCUGUGUCUUGAAGAGGUCAACAGUGGACAUAUCCUGUACUUGUGUUGGUUAUUAUUACACCACAUCAUCAUUCUGGUUUAGAAGUGAUAAGUCGACCCCUGAAGACCUAACCAGAGACCCAGGGUAUGCAGGUCGUGUGAAGUACCCUGACAAAGAGAGAUGGAGAUACGAAGGUCCCUCCACCCUGAGAAUCUCAGAUCUGAGAGAGGAGGACUCAGCUGAGUAUCGCUUCACUUUUAAAACACACAACAUUGAAUGGGGUCAUAGUUUCCCAGGAACAACUCUGUCUGUCACAGGUCUGCAGGUGAAGGUGACUCCUGCUGCAGAGGGACAGAAGACACUGACCUGUAGCACCACCUGUACUCUGACUGACAACCCCACAUACAUCUGGUACAAGAAUGGACAGAAUGUACAAGGUGUCUCCUCCCCCAUGUACUCCAUCAGCAGUGAGGAUGCAGACAGCUACUUCUGUGCUGUAAAAGGCCAUCGCAGCUCUCCUGCAGUGUAUAAACCAAAGACCUCAGUGUCAGUCAGUCCCUCUGGUGAAAUAGUGGAGGGCAGUUCAGUGACUCUGACCUGCAGCAGUGAUGCCAACCCACCUGUCCAGAGUUACACCUGGUACAAGAAGAAUGGAGGUGACUAUCAGAGUAUGACAGGACCACAGCAUGUCUUCAGUCACAUCCAGUCAUCUGACAGUGGAGAGUACUACUGUGAGUCCCAGAAUGAGAUGGGGACAGACAGGUCUGGGACCAUCAACAUGGAUGUGAAAUAUGGCCCAAAGAACCCCUCAGUGUCAGUCAGUCCCUCUGGUGAAAUAGUGGAGGGCAGUUCAGUGACUCUGACCUGCAGCAGUGAUGCCAACCCACCUGUGGAUAAAUACACCUGGUACAAGAAGAACGUAACCUCACCAAAAGCAUCAGGACAGAGUUACAGCAUCACUAACAUCAUCUCUGAGGACAUAGGAGAAUAUUACUGUGAGGCUGAGAAUAAAUAUGGACGACUCAACUCUUCUUCUGUGUCUGUGGACGUUCAGUAUGGCCCAAGGAACCCCUCAGUGUCAGUCAGUCCCUCUGGUGAAAUAGUGGAGGGCAGUUCAGUGACUCUGACCUGCAGCAGUGAUGCCAACCCUCCUGUGGACAAAUACACCUGGUACUUUCAAAAUGAGACUUUUCUAAAUGGAUGUGGACAGAUGUACAACAUCAGUAACUUCAAGUCAGUGGACAGUGGACAUUACCACUGUGAGGCCUGGAACAGAAGAGGAUCUAGGAACUCUACAGCUCUGAUGAUCAUUUUACCAGUGAAACAAACCUCAGUUCUGACUGCAGCUGUAGGAAUCAUAGUGGUUGUUCUGGUUCUCAUCCUCUGUCUCUCUGGACUCAUGUUGUUCAGGAAGAAGGCCUCCAUAUCCACCUCUGACACAAGAGACACAUCAGAAAAUGUACAGGGAGACUCUAGUCCAGUGUAUGAAAACGUCUCAAGCAUGUCCACAGCCUCUACUGCAGCACAGACAGCAGCCACAGUCGACCAGGAUGAUGUUCACUAUGCCAGAGUCCACUUCUCUCACUCCAAAAACCAGGAAGUGCCUCUGUACUCCACCGUCCAGCUGUGUAAACCCCAGAAACAGGAUGUCCAGUACGAUGCUGUGAAAUUCAACCUCCCCAGUGCUGCCACCCG